UCUCUCUCUCUCUCUCUCUCUCUCUCUCUCUCUCUCGCUCGCUCUAACCUUCACCGGAAUUGACAGUCGCCGGGAGAACCUCUCCGAUGGCCGGAAAGACCAGGAUACUGAUCAUAGGAGGCACUGGAUACCUCGGGAAGUUCGUCGUGGAGGCGAGCGCCAAGUCUGGUCACCUUACCUUUGCUCUCGUGAGAGAGUCCUCCUCCUCCGACCCUCGCAAAGCCAGGAUCCUCGACGGGUUCAAGAGCUCCGGCGUCAAUCUAGUCCACGGAGACCUGUCUAAUCAGGAGAGUCUAUUGAAGGCGAUAAAGCAGGUUGAUGUUGUGAUCUCAGUCGUCGGCACGGCAUCGAUUGAGGCCCAGACCAGGAUCAUUGCUGCCAUUAAAGAAGCUGGGAAUAUUAAGAGAUUCUUUCCGUCUGAGUUCGGGAAUGAUGUGGAUCGCGCAGUUGUUGUGGAGCCAGCAAAGAGUGCAUACGCUAUAAAGGCCAAAAUCCGCCGAAUUGUUGAGGCUGAGGGAAUCCCCUAUACCUAUGUGUGCAAUAACUAUUUUGCAGGUUACUACCUCACAGAUUUGUGUCAGUCAGGCGCCGCAGCUCCCCCUCGAAAUAAAGUUGUCAUCUUAGGGGAUGGAAAUGCAAAAAUGGUAUUUAAUAUGGAGGAGGACAUCGGCACCUACACUAUCAAAGCUGUAGAUGAUCCGAGAACCUUAAACAAAAUUCUGUACGUCAGGCCUCCUGCAAAUACCUACUCGAUGAAUGAUCUUGUGUCUUUGUGGGAGAGAAAGAUCGGCAAGACCCUGGAGAGGACUUACAUUCCUGGGGACCAGGUUCUGCAAGGUCAGAUAGCUCUAGGAUAUCUCCAAACACAUAGGCAACACGGCGGUGCAAUUUUUCAUUGUCGUUGCAUCACUCUGCUAUGGUGAGAGGAGAUCAGACCAACCACGAGAUCGAGCCGUCAUUUGGGGUCGAGGCUUCUGAACUGUACCCAGAUGUCAAAUACACCACUGUGGAUCAAUACCUUGAUCGGUUUGUCUGAUUGUCCACACUGCAGUUGCUAAUUUCGCACAUCGAUUUGAAUAAUAAGUAAAUAGGUCAUCGCUUCCUCUGAAUUCUGGAGCAGUUGCUUCCGGUGAUCGUUCAUGGCUUGUGCAUUCCCAGAUUAUGAUAAAACACAGUACUAAAUGUGGAGUUGUUGCCGUGCCUGCCUUCUUAAAUUACUUUGUUGUGGGGCUAUUUUUAGCGUACUGCGAAAACUGUUGGU